UUUGGGGACUACUACCUCCAUGACAUGGCUCUCUCCCUCCCACCUCUUGCGGCAACGAAGCCCACCAUUCCGUCCCGCCACUAGCCCUCGCCUCCGCGACCUAAUUGCUCUCGUCCUGAGGCACCAAGACAGGAGGCGCCAACUCCUCCAAAUCCACACCCAGUUUAUUGCCCACCAGGUGUUCGACCGUAAUCCCACGCCGUGGCGCGCCUUCCUCAAGGCCUACUCCCACGGUCCUUUCCCCCUGGAAGCUCUGCACCUCUUCAGGCAUGCGCGCCAGCACCUGGCUGAUGACACAUUUGCCUUCACAUUUGUGCUCAAGGCUUGUGCGGGUCUGGGGUGGCCUCGAGCUGGUGCGCAGCUCCAUGCGCUCGUGAUCCAGAAGGGGUUCGAGUUCCAUGCCUACGUGCACACCGCCCUUGUCAAUGUGUAUGUUGUGUCCAGAUGCUUGGUGGAAGCACGGAAGGCGUUUGAUGAAAUGCCGAUGAAGAAUGUAGUUUCGUGGAAUGUGGUGAUCACUGGCUUUGCUGGAUGGGGUGAGAUUGAGUAUGCAAGGCUUCUGUUUGAUCAGAUGCCCUGCAGGAAUGUUGUUUCAUGGACUGGGCUGAUUGAUGGAUAUACACGUGCUUGUCUUUAUGCAGAGGCUGUUGCUCUUUUCCGCCACAUGAUGGCUGGAGGCAUUAGCCCGAGUGAGAUAACUGUUUUAGCAGUUGUUCCUGCAAUAUCUAAUCUUGGAGGAAUCCUUAUGGGUGAGAUGCUGCAUGGCUAUUGUGUGAAGAAAGGUAUCAUGUCAGAUGCCCGGGUUGGGAAUUCACUCAUAGACUUGUAUGCUAAGAUUGGUUCUGUGCAAAAUUCGCUGAAGGUGUUUGAUGAAAUGCUGGAUAGAAGAAACUUGGUGUCAUGGACAUCAAUAAUUUCUGGUUUUGCAAUGCAUGGGCUGUCAGUUGAGGCACUUGAGCUGUUUGCAGAGAUGAGAAGAGCAGGGAUUAGGCCCAACAGAAUCACCUUCUUGAGUGUCAUCAAUGCCUGCAGUCAUGGGGGGCUGGUAGAGCAAGGGUUAGCGUUUUUCAAAAGCAUGGUUUAUGAGUACAAUAUAGAUCCAGAGAUCAAGCAUUUUGGGUGCAUCAUAGACAUGCUAGGUAGGGCUGGACGUUUGUGUGAGGCAGAGCAAAUAAUAGAAGGGUUGCCUGUGGAGGUUAAUGUAAUUGUAUGGAGGAUACUGUUGGGUUGUUGCAGUAAGUAUGGAGAAGUUGAGAUGGGGAAGAGGGCAAUAAAGAUGAUAUCAGACUUAGAAAGAGAAUCCGGAGGUGAUUUUGCGGUGUUGUCCAAUGUGCUUAAUGAGCUUGGUAGGUUCAGUGAUGCUGAACAAGCGCGGAAGUUAUUGGAUGAGAGGAAAAUUGUUAAGGUUCCUGGGCUUGCUUUGGUUGGUGAGAUUCAAUAUGUUACCAUUGUGCCAUCUCACUUUGUUUUCUUUUUAUUAACUAGAUCAUUUGUAAUGAUGGAAGCUGUAAAGAAGCUCCAUGCUCAUCUCGUUGUUUCUGGCCUGCACAACUGUCAAUAUGCAAUGUCCAAGGUUAUCAGAUCUUAUGCUCUUCAACAAUCAGAUUUGGUUUUUGCUCAUAAAGUAUUUGAGCAGAUCGAAUCACCAACAACUUUUCUUUGGAAUACUCUACUCAGGGGGCUUGCUCAGAGUGAUGCUCCAAAAGAUGCAAUUGUUUUUUACAAGAAAGCUCAGGAAAAGGGUAUGAAGCCAGACAACAUGACAUUUCCUUUCGUAUUGAAGGCUUGUGCAAAAACUUAUGCUCCCAAGGAAGGUGAACAGAUGCACAGCCAUGUUAUAAAACUUGGAUUUCUUCUGGACAUCUUUGUUUCCAAUUCUCUGAUUCAUCUAUAUGCUGCCUGCGGUGAUCUGGUCUGUGCAAGAUCUAUCUUUGAUGAGAUGCUAGUUAAGGAUGUCGUGUCCUGGAAUUCCUUGAUCGGUGGAUACAGCCAGCGCAAUAGAUUUAAAGAGGUAUUGGCAUUAUUCGAGCUAAUGCAGGCUGAAGAAGUGCAAGCUGAUAAGGUUACUAUGGUCAAGGUGAUUUCAGCUUGCACUCAUCUAGGAGACUGGAGCAUGGCAGAUUGUAUGGUUAGGUACAUCGAGCGUAAUCAUAUUGAGGUGGAUGUGUACUUGGGAAAUACUUUGAUUGAUUAUUACUGUAGAAUUGGGCAGCUGCAAUCAGCUGAAAAGGUGUUUUCUCAGAUGAAGGAUAAGAACACCGUGACACUGAAUGCAAUGAUCCAUGCAUAUGCAAAGGGUGGGAAUUUGGUCUCAGCGAAGAAAAUAUUCGAUCAAAUUCCUAACAAAGAUUUGAUUUCCUGGAGUUCUAUGAUAUGCGCAUACUCACAGGCUAGUCACUUCUCUGAUUCUCUGGAGCUCUUCAGGCAGAUGCAGAGAGCCAAGGUGAAACCAGAUGCUGUUGUGAUUGCCAGUGUACUUUCUGCUUGUGCACACUUGGGUGCACUUGAUCUUGGUAAGUGGAUUCAUGACUAUGUGAGGAGAAACAAUAUCAAAACUGAUACCAUUAUGGAGAACUCUCUGAUUGACAUGUUUGCAAAGUGCGGGUGCAUGCAGGAGGCACUACAAGUGUUCACAGAGAUGGAGGAGAAGGAUACCUUGUCAUGGAACUCAAUCAUACUAGGACUAGCAAACAAUGGGUUUGAGGAUGAGGCACUGAACAUUUUUUACAGUAUGCUCACUGAAGGCCCCAGACCAAAUGAGGUUACUUUCCUUGGUGUGCUGAUCGCUUGUGCUAACAAGCGACUAGUUCAGGAAGGGCUUGACCACUUUGAAAGGAUGAAAACAGUUCACAACUUGGAACCACAGAUGAAGCAUUACGGAUGUGUUGUUGGUAUUCUCAGCCGUGCUGGUCAGCUGGAGAAAGCGAAGAAUUUCAUCAAUGAGAUGCCUCUGGCUCCUGACCCUGUGGUUUGGAGGAUAUUGCUAGGGGCGUGCAAGACACAUGGUAACGUGGCUGUUGCCGAGGUGGCCACCAAGAAGCUCAGUGAACUAGACCCCAGUAACAGCGGGGACUACAUGUUGCUGAGCAAUAUUUAUGCGAGUGCUGAUCGAUGGAGCGACGCCUUGAACGUCAGGCAAUGGAUGGCUGAUACUGCAGUGAGGAAGUCGCCCGCUUGUAGUGUUGUUGAUUCAGCUAGCUCGACGAAUAGUUAGGAUCCACCGUAGUGUCUUGCUUAUCAGGCCCAAUUCUGUCAGUGUUGCAGCACUGUCUAUGUAAUCUCGUGAGCUGCAACCAUUGUCCCAAUUAGGGUCAGUACAUGGGUGUAUAUUAGUCUCAUGCAUACAACUUCACACGGGCAAUCUUUAUAAUGAGUUGUCUUUUAAAUCGUCUCGUAAUAAUUCAAUUUGUUUUAGAUCUGUC